CCUUCAUUUUUUCUCUUGUUUUAAAACAAUGUAGGUAGAUAAUAAUGCCACAAGACAAAAACUCUGAAUUACUCUGAAUCCCCUAUAAGUAUCCUCGCGAGUUAUCGUUUACCAUCGUUUCCACUAUGUUUUCACUAUAAAAGACACGGCAGAAACAAUAAUCUCCUAGGUAGAACAUUCAACCACCACUUCUUCCUAGAUAUUUAGCAGUGUAGUAAUAACAGGAUUUUUUUUAUUACGCUUCUACGUAUCUAGGUAAGCAACGAGAUUCAUCAUGCCGUGCGAUUGUAAGCGCCUCACGCUCCGCUACGCUUGUCGCCACAAGGAGCAAGAAUUUUAUAGAUGUUGGCGAUAUAACCUCAUCCGGAGUUAUUUCUGCGUGGGUCGUGUGCUUCCCGGCUGCGACCCGGUGCGCAGUACAGUAUUAAUACGGGGAGUAUGUCAUGAUUGUCUCGAUUUCUUCGCUGGAGAAUUUGGCAAGAAAGCCGCUAUUCCUGUAAGCCAGAAAUUUAUCGAGUAUAAGUUUAACAACGGGCUUCAAAAUCAAGCGAUCGAUCCUAGAACUGUUCAUCGCGACGAAUAUACCACCUCCAAAGCGGCUCUCCGAAAACUAGCUGAAGAUGCUCCGGAAGCCGAAAAUGCUAGAGGAGCUGGACAUGCCAAAGAAGCUGAGAUUGCCGCAGAAGCUAAAAUUACUAGAGGAAGGCGGUCGUUACGGGUUCCAAGUACGAUGUCAGUCCCGCGAGUUCCGAAUAACUCCCCAGUUGGACUUCGACCGCCGCCACCUUUAGUCCAUCGAAAUAGACAUCAAGAUCAACAUCGUAAGCGUCCCAAAGCGCAGUCUGUCCACACAGAUGCCGUCCCUUUGAGAAGGGAGUCCGUCCGAAAGCCCGUAAAUCGUAACCAUUUGCCCGUUUUAAACGAGUAUUCUUACAUUAUAUCCGCUCAGGAUGGCCCAUUUACAUCGGAGAUGGCUACAUGUCCGGUCAAGGAAUACGGGAGUAACACCCCUAUCGAUCUUUCCGACCUAGUCAGUGACGAUUUUGACUAUCCUCUCAGCGCUCGCGGUAGGCCGCCUAGCGGGCCACCGGUUCAACCCAAGCCCAUUCGUCCAAAGACAAGGUCUCAUGACCUUCCGUUAAAGCGAUCUGACUGCUCCCUCGUCCGACGAAUUACUGAACAGGCUGAAGAGUUAGAUCUUCAGAGUCAUCCCGACCACGAAAAUGAAAGCUUGCCUAGUCUGCCUACUUUUGCCAAGCUCCAGCGAGCACCUAAAGUUCCUACCUGGCGUAAGGACACCCCUGCACCCGCUGCUGGUAUUGCUGGCGAAGAGAGAAAAAUCAAAAGUGUCAGCUUUGCAGAAGCAUUGAAUAUCGAACACGCUCCCCGGAUCCGCACCGCCCCCGCUACAUUCAUACGUACCAAACCCUCGGCCGACUCGCUCACGGUCGAAACAGGCACAUUGCUGGAUGUGGUCUCAAUUCCGCCAAAGCGAGUUUCCGGCGUACGCGCAACCGAUAGUGCCGCAUUCUACUAUGAACGGGGUAUACCGUCGACUGCCUAUAUGGAAGAGAAAAGCCAAGACGGGGACAACGACGAUCACUCCACCAUGCUUGUUUCUAUUAGCACACCUUCCCCUGCCUUUUCGUGCGCUGUACAAUCCUGCUUUUGCAACCCGGAAGAUUCCGAUGACAAGGUAUGUCUUAGCUGCCUCGAGAGGCGGCGGCUUGAACGGGCGGGCAGGGUAAGUUCCCAACGUGUCAUGGUUUGCUGAGCUUUAGCUGGCGUAUACGGUUCGGCGUUCUAUGGCGUCCUUACGGUGAGUUAUAGGCGUACUCGUUCAUCUUUCCUUGUUGACUUAUAUAUAUACCCCUAUCUUAAUUUAUCUGCUUGACAUGAAACCAGAUCGAGAUAGGAACACAAAGGGGAAGAUAAUCCUGAUAUUCAGCAAUGGACUGAACAUGGAAAAGUUACAGUUUUCAGGGCUAGUCUUGUAGCACGAGAUUAGCUAUUUCCGCUUCAAAACUGCUCUGGAUAGCGC